AUGGGCUCGGAUACGUCGUGUCGUGUCGUAAUUAAUUUGAAGAAUGUCAGGUUUACCACCACGUACCGAAUUAAUUACGACACGGCGUAUCCAGCCCCCCACCCUUAUUCCAUUCAAACCGUUUCAUUUUCAGCCUCAUCUGAUCGUUUUCAUCGCCUUCUUGUUCGGAGCUCUCUUCUUCUUGCCUUCGAAUCCGACCCGACCCGACUCUCAUUCCCUUCGUCGCCGGCUCGGAGCUUCGGUACCGGUUCUCUUCGGAUCCAAUCGUCGUAUUCUCGCUGUUUCAGGCCAGAAAGAAUCAAGAAUCUUCGCGAUCAUGAAAUCCACAAGACUAUUAGUAAUCGUCUGCGUUCGUUUAAUCGGAUCGGCGCGGCGGAGCAACCGUGGAGGUUGAUUGAUGUGACGGCGGCUGGUUUUGUAAAAUUGUAUGGUUGUUGCAAAAUCUGUGUUUGGAUCAUGUAAAUCUUGAAGAUGAUGGAGCUAGGAUAAUGGAUCUAAAGGUAUAAAUGUGUAGGAGACCGACCUUUGCCAGGGCAGGUGCGCUUGCCUGGCAGGUCAAAAAGCCCUAAUAAAAUUAGUCUUUUCGGGUUUUAGGGGAGGGAGAUGGCACGGAGAUCUUGUUUUUAUUAUGGUCCGGCUCUCCCUCCUCUUCUCUGCGUGCUCUCUCUCUCUCUCUCUCUCUCAGGCACACACACAGCACAUUUCAGUCUAUGGUUGCGAUUUUAUAUGAGAAGCGGAACAGGAUACCAGUUUGGCUAUUACUAACUGCAGAAUUUGAUUGGCCAUCUCGAUUUCAAUGCCGGAGGUACUAAAUUUUAUUUGUUACUCCAUUGAAAAUUGGUGAGGGUUCUUCUAAUGCUCGACAUUUAAGAUAUAAGAUAUUGAUUCUAAACCAUUUGUGAAGUUAUAGAAGACGGUUUCAUCACUGCAAAUGCAGCAUUGGUGACUAACCUUCCGAUAUCGCCUUAUCUUGCACAGAAGAAAUGCAUCUGAUCACUUUAAAGUUGUCUGUUGGUGAAUAGGUAAUGAUAUGAGGAAGUAAAAAUUUGAUUAUCAGCAUGAAACUUGCUUGCUACCGGAUAUCUAAUUUGAAGUUGUACAGUGAGCUUGCUAUUAUUCACUCCAUUGCCUCGUUCUAUCGGUUUUUAUCACUUGUUCAUAAUCAACACAGAAAUCAUAAUUGAGAUCCAUUUGAUUAUAAUUUCCAAUUUUUUCAUCAAUGAUAGUUAUUUAUCAGUAUGUUUUGUCAGCUAAUUUGCAUUUCUAUUAUUGGUACUGUAGCUAAGAGUUUUGGUUUUCAACUCAAGGAUGUGCAGGAGUUAGGUGUUUAUGUGUAGAGAGUAGUGAUGUGUUCCAUGUUAUUUGGGAAGGUAGGGUUGUAGUUUGUUAAAUGUGUAUAUAUCUGAAGGACUGAAGCUGUACUCCAGCAAAUUUGAAGCUCCAAUAUAUGUAAGCACAGUAUAAAUGGUUGGUGGAAUAUUGAAGCAAUAAAUGAAUGGAAGAUUUUUUUUUUUUCUCAUACUUAAUGCUCUUUACAUGAAAGGUUAGUCAGUAGCAGAAUUUCUUUUCAUUACCUUUUGAUGAUAUGUGAAGCCUCUCAUUAAGUGGGUCCUGAUGCAGGCAUUUUCAAGGAAUAGAAACGUGAACUGUUCACGACUAAGCUUUGCCGCAUCUUGUUUUCAGUCCUGAAACUGCUCUUUUGAGAUAUUCUGAUUGAGAUAUGUUGUGGAAGUAUGCUCUACUAUCUCCUAUUUGGUCUUAAGCAGAAUAUCUUUUUAUAUAUCUUCAACGUUAUCUCAUUCUGCGUUGUGGUCUCUGAAGGAAAUUGGUAUUGUGUUUUUGAGAUCUAUGUAAAGGCAAGUUCUGGAAUACUAAGUUGUGGCUGUGCUCAUGUGUACUCAAAUACUCGUGUGGCUUGUCGCUUCAUCUAUCCGAAGGUUUUCUCAUUCUCCCUAAAAGGUGCCUGCAAUAUCUGAAUGAUAAUUGCCAAGUGGUACUAUUGAGUUUGAAUGACUUGUGCGUAAUAAGUUUCCAGAAGAGAUUAUCACUGUCAGCACUAUGUCUGCUAUAAGAAUUUUGAAGUGAUUUUUUGUAUCAACAUUCUUAGUCAAUGUUAUUACAUACAAGGUGAUUCUGACCGUCAUCUACAUUCCUGGGUUGCUAUGCAUCUGCUGUUAUAUGUUUGUGUUCAAAUUGUUGGGCUUCUUACUAGCAAUUGUUUUCUGGGUGGAUCUUGAAGGUGUUCUUCAAUCCUUGAAUCCAGAAGCUCCUUGAUUAGAGUGCCUGAAGUUAGAGGUUGGGAUUGUGGUGAUUCGAGUACCUAGAUCCUCAGCAUUGCAUUGAGCAUUACUGAAUUGCUCCAAGAAUGAUUUGAAUUGCCAAUUCUCUGAAGAUUUUUUUGCAAUUUGAGUUGAAUUUUUGUUAAUUUGGAUGGUUUCAUUUGCUGUUAGCUGCCUGACUCAUUCGCUUUGCUCUGCUACACUCUUAGUCUCCGUUUUGGGGUAACAAGCUACCGAUUUGAGCCGAUCUCCCCGCUUGCCAGUCACGUGAUACCUUUGUGUUCAGAUCAUCCAGGGCCUUCAUCAAUUUUCUGCCUGCGAGAGCAAAAUGAAGAUUAGAUUGUAUCAGGGACAAGGCAGCCGUAUGUGUAGAUUAUGUAAAGAAUAUUCUUUGCUACCUCUUUUAUCCAUUUCUACUUGCAGCAAGGCUGUUGUUUUCUGUUGAGAAUGGAAUCCUAUUCUCGUGGUGUGGAC